AUGAAGCACCUCGCUGCGUACCUCCUCCUCGGCCUCGCUGGCAACAACGAGCCCUCUGCCAGCGACAUCAAGGGGGUUCUCUCCUCCGUUGGAAUCGACGCUGAUGAUGAACGUCUCGACAAGCUCCUCGAGGAACUCAAGGGCAAGGACAUCAACGAGCUGAUUGCCGAAGGCUCCACGAAGCUCGCGUCCGUCCCAAGUGGCGGCGCUGGCGGCGCUGCCGCUGCCCCGGCUGCUGGUGGUGCUGCGGCCGGCGGCGCUGCUGCGGCCGAGGAGGAGAAGCCUGCCGAGAAGGAAGAAGAGAAGGAGGAGUCCGACGAGGAUAUGGGCUUCGGUCUCUUCGACUAA